AUGUCCAACAGCAACUCUCUUGCUGACUUCCUCCUCCUGGCAUUCACAGACAGGCGGGAGCUGCAGCUCUUGCACUUCUCGCUCUUCCUGGCCAUCUACCUGGCUGCCCUCCUGGCCAACGGCCUCAUCAUCACAGCUGUAGCCUGUGACCACCGCCUCCACACCCCCAUGUACUUCUUCCUCCUCAAUCUUUCCUUCCUUGACCUCAGUUUCAUCUCCACCACUGUCCCAAAAGCCAUGGCCAAUUCUCUGAUGCACACCAGGGCCACUUCCUACUCCGGAUGUUUUGCACAGGUCUUCCUGGCUGUCUUCAUAGCAGGAGGAGAGUAUUCUCUCCUCACAGUCAUGGCCUAUGACCGCUACGUUGCCAUCUGCAGACCCCUGAACUACAGCACCCUCAUGAGCAGUAGAGCUUGUAUCAAAAUGAUAGCAGCUGCCUGGGCCAGUGGGUUUCUCAAUGCUCUCCUGCACACUGGGAACACAUUUUCAAUCCCACUUUGCCAAGGCAAUGUGGUGGAGCAGUUCUUCUGUGAGAUCCUUCAGAUCCUCAAGCUCUCCUGCUCAGAUUCCUACGUAAGGGAAGUUGGACUUCUUGUGGUUAGUGUGUGUUUAAUCUUUGGGUGUUUCAUUUUCAUUCUGGUGUCCUACGUGCAGAUCUUCAGAGCUGUGCUGAGGAUCCCCUCUGAGCAGGGCCGGCACAAAGCCUUUUCCAUGUGCCUCCCGCACCUGGCCGUGGUCUCCCUGUUUGUCAGCACUGCAUUUUUUGCCUACCUGAAGCCCCCCUCCAUCUCCUCCCCAUCUCUAGAUCCGGUGCUGGCUUUUCUGCACUCAGUGGUGCCUCCAGCA